GAAGUCUGAGACCCUCUGUGUACCCCAGAUCCCUGAGGGUCAUGAGGGAAGCUGAGGCCCAGAGGGGGGCGACCUGCCGGUGCCCUAAAUCCCUGCUCAAGGCGCUUUCGCGUGACCCUGGCACCUUCCUCCCUCUGAUUGCGCCGCGGCCUCUCCAGCUCUGGCUUGUGAAGUGUCGCCGGUCGCCCCGCUUCCAAGGGAGCAGCAGGGUCGCCCCGGCUUCGCCUACUGCGCACCUGCUGGGCGGUGGGGGUGCCCGGGCGCGGGAAGCUGGAGAUGGGCCUGCGCGGGGAGCCUGGCUCUUGUUAUUCCCGCUUCUAAGUGAAAUAAAUAGUCCUUCUGCUCUUAAUUCUAGAACAGACCAGAGGCCAGCACCUCAUCUGUGAGUACGUUCCCAAAGCGGGUGAAAAUUGUGGAAGUUGGUCCCCGAGAUGGACUACAAAAUGAAAAGAAUAUCGUCCCUACUUCAGUGAAAAUCAGGAUGAUAGACAUGCUUUCUGAAGCAGGACUCCCCGUUAUAGAAGCCACCAGCUUUGUGUCUCCCAAGUGGGUUCCUCAGAUGGCUGACCACAUCGAAGUCUUGAAGGGCAUCCAGAAGUUUCCUGGCAUCAACUACCCAGUCCUGACCCCAAAUUUCAAAGGCUUUCAGGCAGCGGUGGCUGCUGGAGCGAAGGAAGUGAGCAUCUUCGGAGCUGCCUCCGAGCUCUUCACCAGGAAGAACAUCAACUGCUCCAUAGAUGAAAGCUUGCAGCGGUUUGACCAAGUCUUGAAGGCAGCUCAGGCAGCCGGUAUCCCUGUGCGGGGAUACGUCUCCUGUGUGCUUGGAUGCCCCUAUGAAGGGAAGAUCUCCCCGGCCAAAGUAGCUGAGGUGUGUGUCAGCAAGAAGAUGUACUCCAUGGGCUGCUAUGAGAUCUCCUUGGGGGACACCAUCGGCGUGGGCACCCCUGGGAUCAUGAAGGAUAUGCUGUCUGCUGUCAUGCACGAGGUGCCCGUGGCUGCCCUGGCUGUCCAUUGUCAUGACACCUAUGGCCAGGCCCUGGCCAACACCUUGAUGGCCCUGCAGAUGGGAGUGAGUGUCGUGGACGCUUCUGUGGCAGGACUUGGAGGCUGUCCCUAUGCACAGGGGGCAUCGGGAAACUUGGCCACUGAGGACCUGGUCUACAUGCUGGAGGGCUUGGGCAUUCACACGGGCGUGAACUUCCAGAAGCUCCUGGAAGCUGGGACCUUUAUCUGUCAAGCCCUUAACAGAAAAACCAGCUCCAAAGUGGCUCAGGCUACUUGUAAACUGUGAGCCCCUUGCCCACCUGAAGCUCUGGGGACUGUGGGAAUAGGGGCACGUCUGAUGAUUCACUGAUGGACACACGGAAAUGGGAGUGACAGGAACAGGAACAGGCACCUCACCACCAGGACACCUAAGUAUGACUGAGCGGCCUCCCUUCACCAUGCACCCAGGAGUUGAGGACACUUGGGAACCCAGGUCCCUGGCUUGGGUUGAUCCCCAAGCCUUACCUCUGGGUGACAUCUGCCAGGUGGCUACACAGCGCAGCCCUGCCAUGGCCUUGGUGCCGUUGCUCUCUGACUUUGUAGGGCAAAAGGCAUGGACGGUUUUCCCUGAGCUGGCAGAGGGCAUUUGCUGAAGGGAUGAGGGCUGAGCUUCUGCAUUGGCCACCUGCCAACUUAGCACCUCUGAAAAAAUCUCCACUCUGAACAUGGUUUUUGAAAACAGCUGUGUAAUUAAAGGUUUAAUGACAUGGAACCAUUCCAGUGCUCUGCGGAUGUGUGUAUAUGAGAGCAGAGGAAUAAAACAUCUUUAUUCGCACUGA